UCGAAAUUCUAGCACACAAAUAGGGAGAGAUGAAUACUCGUUGAAUUCCCCCACUCUCUCUAUAUAGCAGCAUCAACUUUUCACUUUCAGUCCACUUUUAUAGAAACUUUAGAACUCGUGUUCACUACUCGAGCUAGGUUCAAACUUCAAAGUAGUUGCUCAAAUCUUAUAUACAUAAAACUAACUAGUUACUAUAAUUAAAUAUAUCCACAUUUCAACUCAAAUCUAAGAAGUUCAUCAAGCAUUGAUAUUCUGGAUCUGCCAUUACACUUCAAAGCCAUGUCAGCAGCAUUAGAAUGCUGGUCCAGUAGAGCAAGUAUGGAAGAAGACAUGGUUGAACAAAUCCUAAUGUCCAACAAUGACAGAUCAGAAGCCCCGCCGGAAAACGGCUGCUCAGCCACCGGCUCCGGCAAAGAGUCUUCGGCGAUGCAGAAGCGGCUACAACGGCUUAGCCGUAACGUAUCGGAAGCCAUUGCGUCGUUGAAAAACUCGCUUAAUAUCGAAUCGGGUCGUGACCCGAACCCGAAUCCGGACCGGGUUGAGACGUGUAGGAAGCAUGUAUGGGGAAGUGUAGUAAGGGGAUUGACUCAGCUUUAUCCUGGUAGUCAACUUCCUGAGAAGCUUGUUUCUAAUAUUCGCAAGCAUUAUGACUCUUUUCCACUCAGCUAUGGGCAAGCUGGAUUUGAAAUGAAGGAUGUAUUUCUACAUAUUAGAUUGAUAGAGCAGGCAUCCGCAGAGGACCACCCAGCCAUUAUGAUACAAGAAGUGUCUGAUGAUGAAGUCCAAGGAUCGAUUUUCAAGUUGACAUUUGCAUGUAACUCCUCUAUUUCGUGGCCAGCAAUGUCCGGGGCGCUCGACAGCGCCUCAAUUUGCUGUAAAAAGAUACAGAUCUUUGAAAAGAAAGGUUUUACAUUGGGGGUUGUGAUGCUUUUGGUUCAAUCUGGGAAAGAAAAAAUGUUUAAAGCUCGUAUCGAGAAUGUUCUUAAAUCCGCCAUUAAGAAGCCAAAAUCUACUUCAAUGAAGAAGCUACCGUUUGGGCUUUGUGGGAAUCAAGAAGAGAACACAAAGAACAGAGAAUAUGGAGACAUCGAAGAGGACUCUGGGCAGCCAACUUACAGAAAUGGGUUCGAGAAUUCGAGCCCAAAGGUCCAGCUUCAACUGCCUCUACCUACUUCUUUGUUUACAGUCUCGGUGGAUGAAUGGCAGACUGUAUUAUCUGGUGGGGAAGAGAUUGGAAAGUGGUUAUUGAGCUCUGAUAAUCUUGAAUUCAUUGAUCAGAUUGGACCUAGUACAUUCAAAGGGGUAUACAAGGGAAAAAAAGUUACGAUUGAGAAGCUCAGGGGGUGUGACAAAGGAAUUGCCUACGAGUUUGUGCUUCGAAAAGAUUUGUUGGAGCUGAUGACUUGCGGCCACAAGAGUUUAUUGCAGUUCUUUGGUGUUUGCAUCAAUGAAAAUCAUGGCUUGUGUGUUCUGACUAAGUUGAUGGAAGGUGGAUCAGUUUAUGACUUGUUGCUAAAGAAAAAGAAACUCCAAACUAAAGAAAUAAUGAGGAUUGCCACUGAUGUAGCUGAAGGAAUCAAGUUCAUGAAUGAUCAUGGAGUUGCAUAUAGAGAUCUCAAUACUCAGAGGAUCUUAUUAGACAAAAAUGGGAAUGUUUGCUUGGGUGAUAUGGGCAUAGUAGCUGCUUGCAGGAGUAUUGACGAGGCCAUGGAGUAUGAGACUGAUGGUUAUAGAUGGCUAGCUCCUGAGAUAAUUGCAGGUGACCCUGAAAGUGUUAGAGAGACUUGGAUGAGUAAUGUAUAUAGUUUUGGAAUGAUUAUGUGGGAAUUGGUGGCUGGCGAGGUAGCGUAUUCUGCUUACUCGCCAGUACAAGCUGCUGUUGGAAUUGCUGCUUGUGGGCUUAGACCUGAAAUUCCAAAGGAUUGCCCACAAGUUUUGAGAUCUCUUAUGAUAAAGUGUUGGGACAAUUGUCCUUCAAAUCGUCCUCAGUUCACGGAAAUUCUGUCAACAUUGGUACGUUCCAGCAGUAAUAGCAACAGUAAGACUAGGUAAUGAAAAUUCUUUCCAUCUCAUAAAAAUGUAAAAGAGGCUGUUUAAUAUAGUAGAUGCUGCAAUCCCUCGUGUAGAUACUUUGUAGCAAUGCAAAUUUAAUCGUUCUUUGAUUAAUGAUAAAGUAUCCUCCUAUCAUCAUAUAA